UCUUUAGGAAUUUUCUAGUUCUCUUUACAAUCUAUAUUAAGCACCUAAAUAAGUGUUGAUUGCAUUAGUAUGCAGAUGACACUACAUUGUUCGCAACUGAACAUUGAAUUAAAUACCACCAACAUAUCUCACCAGCCUCACGAGGUAUCUAAUCUACGUGUGCUUAGUGCAGUCUAUUGCAGUAAUAAACUUUCAGGCUCAUUUUGUUUUUAAUUGCAAGCAUUCAGUAUCUAGCAACAGACCGAUUUAAUGGAUCACUCUUUUACAUUCCCAUUUUGCUCCUCUCUCCCUGACCUUUAACCCUCCCCCAACCUCAGUGACCAGGUCUCUCCGAGCUCCACCUUCUGCCAGGUCUACACUCUGACCCCCAUGCUGGGUACCAACAGGGAAAAGAGAGGCCUGGCCCUGGAUGGAAAGCUGAAGCAUGAAGACACCAACCUGGCCUCCAGCUCCAUAGUGAAAGAAGGGACCAACAAGGAGAUGAUGGGGAUCCUGGUGUCCUACAGAGUCAAAGUCAAACUGGUGGUGUCCCGUGGAGGGGAUGUAGCGGUGGAACUCCCUUUUGUCCUGAUGCAUCCCAAACCUUCAGACCAGUCCAGCUCCCAACCACAGUCAGUCGCUCCAGAGGCUGAUGCUACUGUGGAUACAAAUCUCAUAGAGUUUGAGAUGAACACUUCGCCUCAGCUUGAUGACUUAGUGUUUGAAGACUUUGCUCGCUUGGGGCUAACAGGGAUGAAGGAUGAAGGCGACCCCUUCUGUUAGCAGGGUUACCUGUCUGAGUGGAACAUACAGGACGCCUCAGCCCUCCAGAACCCAAGAGGAAGAACUCGUGAAGACAGCCUCCUGAGUUUCGCCACGUUUUAAUUGUACCAUUUAUUCUGUGUAGGCUACUAGAUGUAUCUCAUACUGGUUCUAUGUUAGUGUAAAAACAGAGGAGACGGUCUGACUCAGGCAAAUAUAGUGUCAGUUUAGCGGGAGUUUAACUAAGUGACAUGAGAUGUUUUCAGUAUUAUACACGCUGCUGUGAUUCAGGAAAUAUAAUUCUAACAACUUUAAACAAAGUUAUAAAAGUGGUAUUUUUAUAUUGAUGAUAGGUCAGCUGUUGUCUUUAGGGGAUCCUCUAACUUUUACUGCUUCCUAUUGAUUUAUCCGUGGCCUCAUUAUAAUGAAAUUAAUGAAAAAGCAUUUGGAGCAGAUCAAGCUAGAGGGUAUACUUAAGUAAACAGGAAUGAUUUUAUUUUUAUAGUUAUUUUUGGUAUUUUGUGGAAUAUCUAUGGCGUGAACUAACAGUGAUUUAAACUUUGUAAUGUCUGUUGAACAGCCAGGGGUUGUUUCAGUGGUGGAAUGCAAGUACAUUUACUCCAGUACUGUUUGACAUACUUGUACUUUACUUGAGUAUUUCCAUUUUUUGUUACUUUAAAUUUA